AAUGGCGCAGCGAGAGGUUGUACGACUUUGUAGUUUGUAUCCGCUUUUAGUAGUGUGUCAAGCGUCCGCGAAUUGCUUAUAGUUUUGUGUUACGCUAUUGUUGUAAUAAACAUACUAUUAAUAUUUUAUUUAAAAAAAAUGUGCCAAUAGUUUGUUCUCUUUGAAUUCUCAUAAUGGGUUCGAAAAUCGAAUACGUGGAUUCAUCACAUUUAUACGCUACGAACUACGUCCGUAAUUCGAAAGCGAUUGGUGUACUUUGGGCUAUAUUCACGAUUUGCUACGCGAUUAUAAGCGUUGUCGCGUUCGUUACUCCGGAAUGGAUCGGUGAUUUGGAAACUGAGUACCCGAGAAAGUUCGGUUUGUGGCAAAUAUGCAGAGCUGAUGAAUCUGUGGAGGAUUGUAAAGGACGACUCGAUGAUUUUAUGUCAAUAAACGGUUUCGUGUUCAAAGUCGCGACAGUGUUAGUGGGAGCCGCGGUCGCUUUGGCCUUGUUUACGAUAUGCGCCAUGCUCUUGUUUUUCUUCUGUCAGUCAACGACAGUUUUUCACAUAUGCGGAUGGCUUCAGUUACUUUCUGCUCUGUGCAUGAUUGGAGGCGUGGCGGUGUACCCCGCCGGUUGGAGCGAAACGGCCGUGCAGGAGACGUGCGGCCCAACUGCAGACCAGUAUAAUAUUGGUCGCUGUCACGUCCGCUGGGCCUACCUGCUGGCCGUGAUCGGCUGUCUCGACGGCGUCGUACUCGCAGCGCUCGCCUUCAUACUGGCGACUCGACACGUGAAGUUACAGCCAGACACAGCUUAUCCCACGUCUUCCCUAUAUAAAGGCGAAGUGAACAACGCGUACGUGACGGACGCGCCGUCGGUGUCGGCGUCGGGCUCGCGCAAGUCGCUGGCGCUGCAGCCCGUGCUGCUCAUGCACCCGCACGCGCCGCUCGACCUCGACGCCUACUCGCACUACUCCGGCCGCACGGCGCGCUCCAAGCACGCGCACCACUACCCGCUCUGACCGCAGCUGACCUCACCGACAUACGACGUCAUUGAUCAAAUAUUAUAUGUUUACAAACUUCUAACUGUAUUUUUAAGAUAUUCGUUCUAAGUACCUUAAAGUGAAUGAUAUUUAAAUUGUAAUAUAUUAUUAUGUGAUGUAAAUAGAUUAUUGAUUUUCUCGCGAAAUAGAAGUAUUUAGUUGUUUAAGAUAAGAUAGAACUACAGAUGUACAACGACGUUACUUGUGCCUUGAAUUUAUUAAAUUUUGAUAGAAAAUAUUUAAUAAAGUACAGUUUAUCUUA